AGGAAAACAAAUUGCCAGUUGUUGAAUGCUGUGUGGGGGUUCGUUACCGCGAAAAUCAAAUUUUAAUCGUUUAAUUUUUUUUAUUUCAAAUGUACGGAAAAGUGAACAAAAAUCUUAGAAAUGUCUUCAAUGCAGAUUGUCUUCCUCUUUGAUCUGAAUGCUUAUAAUGAUGGUAUCGCGAAAUCCAUUGAAGAAUUACAAGAAAAAUUAAUUUGUUUGCGUUUAACUUGUCUAAGGAUUUUAACUCAUUAUUCUUCCACUGUUUCGAAUUUUAAAUGGGGAUUCAAGUUUUUUGAUAGUCGUGGUUCGCUCACACAAACUAUGUGCAAUUUUUCUUUCCCACAUGUCUCCCUUGAAAAUUUUGAAACUCUAGAAAAUGAAAUUUGUCUAAAGUUUCAUAGACACUUUUCAUAUUUAGAAGCCCUAACAUUAUCAGCUGAACGUAGUGAACCAUCACAAGGGGAUGAAAUUCUUAAAAAUAAAACAGAAUCAAAUCGAACUCCUCAUCAAUUGUUACAUCUUGCAUUAACACAGAUUUUAUGUGAAUAUCAUUGGAAUGAUAGUAUAGACAUGUUCUCACCUAGCACACGGAAAAAUAUUCAUAAAAAUAGAAGAAAUUUACUGUUUUUAAUUAGUAAAUGUGCCUCUAAUGCUGAUGAAUUUAAAAAUUAUUUUGGUACUGAAUAUCAUUCUAUUAAUUCUUCAAAGUUAAAUAAAUUAUUACUUUCUCAGUCCUUGCAACAACAGCUUCUUUAUAAAGAAGCCAUUCAAUUGAUAUGGCUAAACACAUGUGGAAAUGAAAGUUUUAUGAGUUUUGAAUCUGAUGUCUUAAAUACAAUAGCUGAUUCCCUGAGAUCCUUGCAUUGUGCUCUUAUUCCACUUAGUGUGCUAUCUUUUCCAAACUGUGUUAUGAAACUCAAUCAGAAGCUGAAAGAUUUAGAAACAUCAAUUUUAAGUGUUUCAUGCAAUCCUUUAGUUCCAUUCCCAUCAUCAGUUAAUCAAAGUAUUUCAUAUCCUUUUUAUAAAGAAGGAAAAGAAGCACCUAAUGAAAUAGAGUUGUGUUUCUUUGAAAAUACUUUUUGUGUCUCACUUAUUGUUACCAAAGUGCCUGUGGAAUGGAAUAAGAAAGAACCAAAAUCUUUGUCUAAAAAAGUGUUAAGUCAAACAAACUGUACAGAAUCUGCUGAAAAAGCAAAAGAAAGAAUAAGUACAUCAAAUUCAUGGACAAAAUUUAUGAUUUACUUUGCUGUUGCAAGACAUGUUCAACUAAAAUCCAGUAAUAUUUUAUUAUGUAUGCCUCAUGUUUCAGCUAAAUCAACUAACCAUCACAAAUUCCAAAUGCUUAUUAAAUCAUUGUUAAUGAGAAAUAUUAAUUUGUUUGUUAUUUGUGAAUCCUCUUGUGGCUCAAUAGCUCCUGGUAUAUUUACACCACUCUCAGAUUCAUCAGCUGUGAUAUCAGUUUUAGAACCUAACAUAUGUUUUACAAAUACGAGAUUAUUUAAUGCUUCUAACUCAUUUAGUGCUUCUAAUAUUUUUGAUAUGAAAGAAGGAAUGAACAAUCUUGAAGAAGAAAUUAAGAGUUUUGAAUUAAAUGCAAGUAAUAUCAGUAAAAAUUUUGAGAAAAUAAAUGAGAGAUCAAAUCAUCUGCUAAAACCUUUUACAAUGCCAAGCAUGGAAAGAUGGUUUGUGCCUACUUCUUCAUUCUGCAAUACUUUGUCUGCAAUUGAAGAUGAAUCAGUCAGUAAUCCUGAGGUUGCAGCCUUUCAUAAUUUGUUAAAACGAUCAAAUAGUCUUCGAAACAAACCGAAGAAAAAGGAUAUAAAAGAUAAACAAAAACAUGUACCAAAACCAGCAGAAUGUUCAGAACAAUCAAAUGAUAAAGACGGUUCUGAUGACUCAUUUAAAGAUUUCAGCUAUGACCAGUUGAUUGCUGUAUCAACUGAAACUUAUGCUAAAGCUCUGAAGUCACAUGGAUCUGUUUUACAUUGUGGUAGAAAAAUCAUCAAAAUGGCAUCUUCUUUUUUUCUAAAACAGUCUAUCAUAAACUAUGAGGAAAAUAUGAAGAAUUUUAUGACUGAAUUUUUUUUACUUAAUUGCCGGAAGUUAAUUGAGAAAUAUGGUACCGAUCAAGAUGAAGAAACUGUUGCAAAAGCAAUAAAUGAAUGUAAAUUGCAAACUAUUUUAGCUCUGGAAAUGGAAAUACUUUUUCCUUCUGUUGAAGAAUCAAGCUGUGCAAAUUCAAUUUCAUCCAUACUUGGGAUUAUGUCCUUUUUCAGUGGUGCUACUGUUCUUGUCAAAUAUUUGCAAAAUGAUUUGUUGGAAAGUUAUGGAAAUAAGUUAUAUAAUUUGCUUGUUGAAAUUGGGGAUGAACUGUGCAUUCCUUUGAAACCUGAUGAUGAUUCUCUUGGAGAUCCCUUUGAUUCUGCUUCUCCUGUAUCAUUAACUGAAAUUGCAAGUUCAGUUUCCUCAGCAACAUUGUCCUUAAUAUCUUCACAAAGUACUUCGAAUAAAAGUGAUGGCAGGAAAUUGAUAAGGAAACGCAGUGAUAUUUCUGUGACAAGUAAAAGGCGUCAGAUUUUACUUCCUGGAAAGUCACCUAGGAAAAAGAAAAGUAAAAAUACAAAUGCAACUGAAAAUAUUCCAAUUCGUUAUUCUCCUCGUCUUGCUUCAAAGAAGAAAAGAGAUAGGUUUAGGGCUGCUGAAUCCCACUCCAAAAGUGUUCGAAGAAAUCUUUUUGCCCAAGAUAAGAAAAUACAAACUCCUCGUUCUAGUACGGUUCUUACAAGAUCCCCUUUCAAAAAGAAGAAGGUCUGCACUCCAAAAAGGCAUCAUGUUUUAAAAACCGAUUUUGUUCCGGACACUCCUACUCCCAAGCAAAAUUUAUCUCGUUUACAAAGAAGAAAAUCCCAGUUGGGUUUACACAGUGAUAAUGAUGAAGUUUUGGGAUCUACUCCAUCAAAAAGUACAAAAGAGCAACAUGCUCUGAAGACUGAUUUUGUCCCCAAUACUCCUUCAAGUAAGCAAAACUUAUCAGCAUUACAGAGGAGAAAAUCUCAUAUAUGUGUAACUAGUGAAAUCAGAGAAAUUGCUGAAUCACCUAUUGUUUCAAAAAGUGCCAAUGUUUCAGGUACCAAGAAUUAUCCAAGUUGCAGCUCAGCUCAGUACACACCGGAGAGCAAAAGAAGACUUUCUCUUAAGUUAUUUUCUAAAACACUGGUGAGUCCCACUGCAAGGAUGGGACUAAAGAAAUGUAGUAAAAGACUUUUUGAUCAAGUGGAAUCACAAUCACAACCAGGGCCAAGUAAAAGAACGAAAUUUUGGUGAAUAAAAUAGUAAUCAAGAAGAUUCAUUAUAUAUACAUUUAUAUAUUUGCCUGAAAAGUGAAUAGUUUUUUUAACGGUGUAAAAUUCUUUUAUUUUGUUAAAGAACCCUAGAUUCAUUGUUGGAUUUUUUAAAAAAAUGUUCAGUAAUUUCUCAAUGUAUAAAUCUUUAUUACAUCACGAUUUUAAA